UGUUGUAAUGUCAACUUCGAAUGACAACACAGGGGAGAGCUUGGAUAUUUUAUUUUUGCCAACGCAUUAAGUGAUUUUCUCCAAUCAGACGAAAAUGUUACCAAAAUUAAAGAUUUCCGCUCUACUUUUAAAGCGUUUGGAACAAGUAAAACAACAAUGCAGUGGUUGUUUAUUUGGGGUAUUCUAUGGAGAAGGGACUCUCUUAUUGCUGGGAUUUAAUGUUGAGUCUACAAUUGGACAGCUGAAUUACGAACAAAUACAGCAUAAGUUCCCAGCAGAGGUGGACUUGUGCGGCUUGGUUAAAUUUGGCGACUGCUCGGAUGCUGAGGCUCACUUAAGUGAAGUCUUUAAGGAUGUAGAUAUUACCGACAACCCCAUACUUUUGCAUUGCGAAUUAGGUACAUUGGUGGGGUUGAAGGCAUCAUUUUUAAUGCAUGGCAAACUGGAACAUGUUCCCUACGAAGUAAUGGAUGAGGAUCAGUUGUACAGAGACUUCUGUUUCACUCGUCUCAAGUGUUCGUGGACCAUCUACACAGAGGACAAUGCACUGUCGGUUCGCCGGGAAAUGCAUGCCCUAAGAAAAACUAUCUCCGGUGGUAGCAUAGCCUUUAAUGUACAGCCUACAAAGGUUUUCAUAACCAAUGGUGGUGCUCAGGGCACACCAUAUUCGGGACACAAGGGAACCAUAAACAAUGACUCCUAUAUCACUGAAGUUAUAAGCUCCGUGCAGGCAGCGGUGCAUUUUGGCCAAGAUAAUAAAGAGAAUGUUGCUGAAAAAAAGAGCAAGAAAACGUCGCAGAGCGAUAUUAAAUUGAGUAACAUCUACGGCGCUUUGGGAUGUGAAUUUGAUGUAAUCAAUAUUGAAGUUCUGCGCUCUAAAACAAGAGAGUUUUCUGAUGCAGAUAAUACAACAAACACACUGCCAUCCAUGAGUAUGUGCCUGAAACCAGCGGAAAAGAGAUUUGCCGUGCCCGUAGAACUGGAGCCCAUGGCCAUUUUAAACAAAAAUAUAAAAGUAUCGAGAUUAUAUGACAUAUUGAUUGAAAGUAUAUGUAGAUCUUUGCGUUUGUGCGAGCAAAGUAUAAGCGAGAGCUUGGAAGAGAGUCAAUCGAAUAAAUUGAGGGUACCAAAAGUCUACAAUUUUUACCCAAAGGAGUUUGGCCAUUUUAUUUCUUGUUGCUAUUUGGAUAAUAUUUCCGAUGAUGAUGCUAGCAUGCAAAAUAAGCGCAAACGUUUACACCGCCAUUCGGGCUUGCCAGUUACACGUCCCUAUUUCCGACGAACCAAUGUUUGCAUAUUCCGCAAUGAAAUCUCAACUCAAGAGCCCUUGCUCAACACACAUGUGGGCCUUAAGGCCAGUGGUGUGAGCGAGGGUAAACAGUAUCUGGUGCAGGGCUACUACCACUACUACCAUUAUCUGCAACAGCAAAUGCAAGACAAUGGCUGGGGCUGUGCCUAUAGAUCACUGCAGACGAUAUGUUCAUGGUUCUUGUUACAGGGUUAUACCGAACGGGCAGUACCUACACAUUUGGAGAUACAGCAGCAUUUGGUAAAGAUAGGGGAUAAGCCACUGAGUUUUAAGGGUUCAUCCCAAUGGAUAGGUUCGACUGAAGUUGGAAUGUGUCUGCAGGGUUUCCUAAAUGUAGAGUCUAAAAUUCAGCAUGUGACAUCUGGAGGUGAUCUCUCAACAAUUGCAUCCGAUUUAGCAAUGCAUUUCCAAACUCAGGGCACACCCAUUAUGAUUGGUGGAGGAGUCUUGGCCCACACCAUUAUUGGCAUUGACUACAAUGUCCAAACGGGACAAAUUAAAUUCCUAAUUUUAGAUCCUCAUUACACAGGAGAAGAUGACUUGCAAAUUAUACAGUCUAAAGGUUGGUGCGGAUGGAAGGGUAUGGAUUUCUGGGACAAAAAGAGCUACUACAAUCUGUGCCUGCCACAAAGGCCCAUUAUGUUUUAAAAGCCAAGGCAUCCAGUCAAAUUACAUUCAUUAGUUUGGAUUUCGGAAAGAUCCAUAAUUCAUUUAAAAUGUUUCUUAUUUAUUCGACGUUUGUUUUUUUUUCUCAUAUACAUGUUAUUGGCAUCCUGGUUCUAAAGGUUAUAGCGCUGUUGCAGUUUUGUUUUGUCUAGAAAUUAUGUCAAAUCCAAUCAUUUUUUAUAAUUUUAUAUGGCACACUUUUUAUAUAUAAACAAUAACGUUAAUAAAAGUAGUAAUAAAAAGCUUCAUACUUACUA